AUGAUCUCAGCUCAAGAACCUAAAUUUCCUUUACAUACUGUUAAGCUUCCCCCAAAAACCUUUUGGCUGAAAUGUGCCAAAUAUCCAAAAAUGGCGAGCUACGCUAUACAAUUAGCCAGUCCAAAGGCUGCUGUAGAUCCAUCAAGUUACGGUGGCGAAUACUAUAACUUAAAAGCCACUAAAGUAACAGCUCAAGAAAAGUAUGGAUUUAUUGCUGUUGUUGCUAAUGGUACAUAUUAUGUUGUAGGAUCGUUAUGUGGAAAUGUUAGUACUGAUGAAAUCACUGCUCUCUCAACGAUUUGCGCGUGGCAAGGACCAAUUAAUUGGCCUGGAACAUGGUGCUUGGCGAUAUUUAACGUUUUAAACUUUUCACAAAAUGUCGAUGUAGUUCUUUCGUUUACUCAAAGUGUAUUUAUUGAUGGUACAUAUCGAAAAGAUGAUGAAGAGACAGUUCCCACCAUAGUGACUGACGUUGCAAUUCCAUGA